CGAGCAGGCUGCGCACCAUCCAGGCCAGAGCCAGCGCCGCAGACUCGGGCGCCUCGGGCCGGGGAGCGCAGAAGAGCCAUGGCCACUACCAACGGGGCCGUGGAGAACGGGCAGCCGGACAGGAAGCCGCCUGCCCUGCCGCGCCCGGUCCGCAACCUGGAGGUCAAGUUCACCCAGAUAUUCAUCAACAAUGAAUGGCACGAAUCCAAGAGUGGAAAAAAGUUUGCCACGUAUAAUCCUUCAACUCUAGAAAAAAUAUGUGAAGUAGAAGAAGGAGAUAAGCCCGACGUGGACAAGGCAGUGGAGGCCGCACACGCCGCCUUCCAGAGGGGCUCACCCUGGCGCCGUCUGGAUGCCCUGGGCCGGGGCUGGCUGCUGCAUCAGUUGGCUGACCUCGUGGAGAGGGACCGGGCCGUUCUGGCUACCCUGGAAACGAUGGACACAGGGAAGCCGUUCCUUCAUGCCUUUUUCAUCGAUCUGGAGGGCUGUAUUAAAACCCUCAGAUACUUUGCAGGGUGGGCUGACAAAAUACAGGGCAGGACCAUCCCCACAGAUGACAACGUGGUAUGCUUCACCAGGCAUGAGCCCAUAGGUGUGUGUGGGGCCAUCACUCCUUGGAACUUCCCUCUGCUGAUGCUGGUGUGGAAAUUGGCACCCGCCAUCUGCUGUGGGAACACCAUCGUUGUGAAGCCGGCGGAGCAGACACCCCUCACUGCCCUUUAUCUGGGCUCCCUGAUCAAAGAGGUCGGAUUCCCUCCAGGAGUGGUCAACAUCGUGCCGGGAUUUGGGCCCACAGUGGGAGCAGCGAUUUCCUCUCACCCUCAGAUCAGCAAGAUCGCCUUCACGGGGUCCACAGAGGUUGGAAAGUUGGUUAAAGAAGCCGCCUCUCGGAGCAAUCUGAAGAGGGUGACCCUGGAGCUUGGGGGGAAGAACCCCUGUAUCGUGUGCGCAGAUGCUGACCUGGACUUGGCAGUGGAGUGCGCCCAUCAGGGAGUUUUCUUCAACCAAGGUCAGUGCUGCACAGCCGCCUCCAGGGUGUUCGUGGAGGAGCAGAUCUACGCGGAGUUUGUGAGGCGGAGCGUGGAGCACGCCAAGAAGCGUCCGGUGGGAGACCCCUUCGACGUCAGAACGGAGCAGGGGCCGCAGAUAGACCAAAAGCAGUUUGACAAAAUCCUCGAUCUGAUCGAGAGUGGGAAGAAGGAGGGAGCCAAGCUGGAAUGUGGGGGCUCAGCCAUGGAAGACAGGGGGCUCUUCAUCAAACCCACCGUCUUCUCAGAAGUUACGGACACCAUGCGCAUUGCCAAAGAGGAGAUUUUUGGACCGGUGCAGCCAAUCCUGAAGUUCAAAAAUAUCGAAGAAGUGAUAAAAAGGGCCAACAGCCUUGAAUACGGACUCACGGCAGCUGUGUUCACAAAAAACCUCGACAAAGCACUGAAGCUGGCUUCCGCCUUGGAGUCUGGAACCGUCUGGAUCAACUGCUAUAACGCUAUCUACGCACAGGCUCCAUUUGGUGGCUUUAAAAUGUCAGGAAAUGGCAGAGAACUUGGUGAGUACGCACUGGCUGAGUACACAGAGGUGAAAACUGUCACCAUCAAACUCGAUGACAAGAGCCCCUGAAGGAAAGGCGGGCUUCUUCCUCAAACAUCUGACAGCUGAAUGUGGCAGAUCGAACUUUGCCGAAGAAAAAACCGCAUUUGCCGCCUUCCCUGGGUUCCUUGGCGCUGGAGACUUUAAAUCUACUGGAUCUGAAUGAGUUCCACUUUCCUCUCACACUCCUGUUUUAGUGACUCAUCCGUUGUACAUGUGGGCUUGCAGUCCCGCCUGGGGAUGGAGCUCGGGGCCCUUUCGGUUUCUCCCUUUCAACCAGGUCCCCCUGGGGACAGUGAAGGGGCUCAGGGCGUGGCCAACGGGAAGUGGUAUUUGAAGUCUCCAGAGGUCCCUUAAAAAUGUUUGGCCGAUUCUGACUCCGGUAAGAAUUUGGAAAAACGCCCGGCUUGCUCUGCAAACAGGGCCCUGCACCUGCGGCUUCUCGGGGUUACCUGCCCAUGACCCAAGCCCCUCCUACCAGUUAGCGGAAAAGAAACAGAACGAAGUUAAAAACAUAGGAACAGGAUUGUGAGGAUCCAAUGGGGGGCGCUUUGGGGAAGCAGGUGCCAUGGAAAGGUACUGAAGGUCUUGGGUGUGAAAGGGCGUGGGUUCUUCAAGGACAGCCUCUUGACAUUGACCAUGGGACUCCGCUUAAAACGAAAACUCCUUUUGGAAUAUGACCGAAUCAGUGCGUAACAUGUUUAUCUAAAACUAUGUCACGGGCGACCUUAACCAAGGCACUUUCUUAGGCAGAAAACAUCGCUAGUGUCACCUUUGCUGCUGGUGACCCAGUGAUGACAGCUUAGCAACUGCGUUUUACAAACCAGAGCCAUAAUUCCCUUUUACAAAUUCUGAAUUUCUGCUAUUUGCAUUAACGGGUUAUGAUCCGCCUGUGUAGCUCUCUAUGUCUCCAGCUUGGUGAUGUAUGUUAGAUUAGCAAAGCAUAUACAACUGGAAAGGCUGUUGCUUUAAUACCACUUGGUUUUUUAAAGUCCUAUUUUGAUAUUAAUGAUUAAUUAACAAAUAACACCGGGACUCCGUGGAAGAACUGGGUCCCUCAGUACUCAAGUGGCCUGAGGACUGCACUAAUAUGUUGUGAAUGUUUCUUUUCCUCUUUAUAUCUGCAAAUGCUGUGCAAUCCCAAAUUUUAAAGUGUUCCCCGAUUGCUUCUAAAACAACAAAACCAAAUGGAAUUGCGCUGUUUGGAUACUUCCACUGUUACUAAUUAGUUACUUUUCUGAGGGUGCUUCUAUUUUGGAAUUAGAUUAUGUUUGAGAAUUAAAUUGGGGGGGAGGGCAGUAAGAUGACAAACGUCAAAACCAGUGUGAUGGAUGAAAGAAAGUCCUGUAUGGAAUGGGGUUGUCGUUCUUGUCAGAAAUAGGCAAUAUGCAAUUCACCUUCUCUGCAUCAGUUAACACUUAUCACUUAAACUGUCAGCAACUCGCUAGGUCAGGGGUUGACUUCGUACACUGAAUUUUCAGGAUUUUAUCUCAAGCAACUAUAGACACUAAUCUUGUUAGUAAUACAUUAGAGGGUUCUUAUUCUCUCAUUGUACAAUAAUGCCUUUAUUAUGAAAUGCUACAUUAUUUAUAAUUGGUAUAGUUAAUGUAUCUUUUUAUAGUUGUAAGUAAACAGAGGUGGUAUAUUCAACCUUCUGUAAUAUACUGUAUUUAGAAAUGGAAAUCUAUAUAGUAAUAGAUUUCACUUCUUUUAAGGUUUACUCCUGUGGUAUGGUUUCAGAAAAAUCUAUUGGCCUGGGAAUUCUGACCCCCAACUACCGAUUGUGUCUGACAAUGCAACAAUGAUAAAAUAAAAUCGGAUAUUUGACAAA